AUGCCUCCCAUAAACCAUCCCAGGCGGUUUCAUUCAAAGCUAAUUCCUCAGUCGACUGUGGCAGUGACUGCUUUAAUCAUCUCGGUUUCGAUAGCAGACUCUCUGCUCCUCGGUUACGAUAGUUCCCUCAUGGGGGCAUUGAACGUCAUGCCCGCCUAUACCAGCUACUUUACUUUGAACACGGCUACCAAGUCUCUGAACACAGCCAUCUCAUACAUUGGUGGAGCCGUGGCUUCGUUCCCAGCCGGGUUCUUGGGCGACUUCCUUGGAAGGAAGAAGGCUAUUGUCCUUAGCUGCAUUUUUACCAUUAUCGGUGCUAUCAUCCAGACCGCCGCACAGAACAUUGCCAUGUUUAUCAUUGGACGCUUCAUCAUUGGCGUUGGACUGGGAAUUGGAGCAGUCUCUGUCCCGACCUAUAUUGCGGAAACUGCACCAGAAAAGUGGCGAGCCGUAGCAUUGGGCUUGUAUUUGAGCAAUUGGGCGGUAGGAACCAUUAUCGCUUCCGCAAUUGGCUGGCGAACUGAACAAAUCGAUUCUACUUGGGCAUGGCGAGGCCCUAGUUUGAUUCAAGUCUUCUGGGCCUUGCUUUGUGUCAUCCUCCUGCUUUUUGUGCCGGAAUCGCCUCGUUGGCUCAUUGGCAAGGACAGGCACGAAGAGGCACUCGAAGCACUGGCGAUCGUGAAUGCACAAGGCGACAAAAACCACCCGGUUGUUAUCCUUCACUAUCGCGAAAUCACCGACACUGUUGCCUGGGAAAAGACUGAGGGGAACCAACUGUCUCUGAAAGAUGCAUACUUGUACCCGUCGAACCGCAAACGAUUAAUGCUCGCCACGACCUUUAGCAUCAUCGUGAUGUUCCCAGGCACUUUGAUCAUCACAUAUUAUUUUGGCGACAUGCUCACCUUGGCAGGCAUUACUGAUGUAACCUCCCAGCUUCAAGUCAAUAUCAUUCUGCAGAUUUGGACUUGGCUCAACUCUAUCACCGGCGCCUGGUUGCUGGGCCGGAUGCGUCGCAAGUUACAAGCUUCGCUGUCCAUGGUUGGGCAGAUCAUCACUUUUUUCAUCUUUGCCGGUCUCGUCGCCCUGUAUGGCAGCUCGACCAAUACGUCUGGAACCUACGGUGCCAUUGCUAUGAUGUUCCUUUACAACGCUGCCUAUGGGUUGGGCAUCAACGCCUUGAUCUCCACAUAUCCCCCCGAGGUUCUCUCCUAUCGCAUCCGAUCCACCGGCAUGGGUCUUUACACAUUUUGCAAUCGAGUUGGAGGUGUCUUCGUCACCAUGGUCUUCCCCUUCGCAAUGGACGCAAUGGGAUGGAAGUUCUACAUUCUCAACGCUGCCGUCGACAUUUUGAUGCUUGCCUUCAUUAUUUACUUCUGGGUUGAAACAUAUGGCCUGACAUUGGAGGAGAUCGAUGUCAAGUUCGAUGGGGUCAAGCACUCCGAUGUGCCCGAUCUCAAAGAUCUGUUGAACGGUGAUAGAAAAGCCGUGGAAGCACUCAUUCAAGAUAUCAACCCUACCGAGGAGAAUAUGACCACUACAAUAAUAGUCGAUGAGAAGUAG